AAAGUGCCUCUUUCCCCCCCAAAUUUAGGAGGAUAUGGCAAAAAAAGUGGCCGUAGUAAAAAAUGGAGGGAGAUGCUGAAGCUGCCCCCUGUUAGCCAGUGCAACGAGCUUAGACAAUCCAUGGAAAAGGAUUACAGCAGUCUGUGCGACAAGCAGCCGAUAGGAAGACUCCUCUUCCGGCAGUUCUGUAACACCCAGCACAGCCUGAAGCGGUGCAUUGAGUUCCUGGACGCGGUGGCAGAAUAUGAAGUCUCUCCUGACGAGGACCGAAGAGAGCGCGGACAGUUAGUCUUAAACUCGUUCUUCAUUAAUGAGAACGCGGCAGCCCCUUUACCCCGGAUUUCUGCCCGUGUUGUGAGAGCGUGCAGGCUGCGACUGAAGGAGGUCCCCUCCAAAGAGCUGUUCAAGGAAUGUGUCAGAGUUGUCCAUCGCUAUUUAAGUGGAAAGCCAUUUGAAGAAUACCAAGAGAGCCCAUAUUUUUCUCGAUUUUUACAGUGGAAAUGGCUGGAAAGGCAGCCAGUAACAAAGAAAACAUUUAGACAUUACAGAGUUCUAGGAAAAGGCGGAUUCGGAGAGGUUUAUGCCUGUCAAGUGAGAGCCACAGGGAAAAUGUACGCCUGUAAAAAGAUGCUAAAGAAAAGAAUUAAAAGGAGGAACGGCGAAGCCAUGGCCCUGAAUGAGAAAAGACUCCUGGAAAAAGUGCAAAGUAGAUUUGUAGUGAGCUUGUGCUACACGUACGAAACCAGAGACGCCCUGUGCUUGGUGCUCACCAUUAUGAACGGAGGGGACUUGAAGUUCCACAUCUACAACCUGGGCGGCCCCGGCAUCGACGAGCAGAGAGCGGUGUUCUACGCGGCAGAGCUGUGCUGCGGCCUGGAGGACCUGCAUAUUUUAAGAAUCAUUUGCAGAGACUUAAAGCCCGAGAACAUUCUCCUUGACGACCGCGGACAUGUCCGGAUUUCAGAUCUUGGUUUAGCCAUGGAGGUCCCAGAAGGGGAGACAAUUCGAGGAAGAGUUGGAACAGUCGGCUACAUGGCUCCUGAAGUUAUCAAUAACGAAGCCUACACCUAUAGCCCUGACUGGUGGGGGCUUGGCUGUCUGCUCUAUGAGAUGAUUCAGGGGCACUCUCCGUUCAGAAAAUUCAAAGAGAAAGCCAAGCGGGAGGAGGUGGAGCGGCGCGUGAAGGAGGACACGGAGCUGUACUCCCAGCGGUUCUCGGAGGACGCCGAGUCCAUCUGCAGGAUGUUACUCACCAAGGACCCCAAGCAGCGCCUGGGCUGCCAGGGUGAUGGAGCCGCUGGUGUGCGAAAGCACCCCCUGUUCAAGAACAUUAACUUCAAGAGGCUGGAAGUACACAUGUUGGAGCCCCCGUUCUGCCCAGACCCGCGUGCGGUGUAUUGUAAGGACAUCAUGGACAUCGAGCAGUUCUCCAUGGUGAGAGGCAUCUACCUGGACGCCGCCGACACCGCCUUCUACAGCCAGUUUGUCACGGGCUCUGUCUCCAUCCCCUGGCAGAAUGAGAUGAUCGAGUCGGAAUGUUUCAAGGACAUCAACGAGAGUGAAAAUGAGGAAACUCGGGACUUGCAUCAGGGAGACAAAACCUGCCAGCCGAAGCCAGCCCCCAAGCGAAGGAGAGGCUUCUUCCACAGACUCCUCAGCAGUUGGGGCUGCAUGAGUUAACCCUGGAGCCGUGAGGAGGAGCUGCCCGCGGGACUGUGCUGCUUGCGCAGAGCCAACCCCACGCCCAGGAGCCGGCUCAGUGUUCGUCCUCUCUGUGAAUUGCAAUAAACAGGUCUGACACAUCUUAAAACGU